CCCUAGCAUUCCCGUAGCCAAAAUAUCCCCCAGCUCGACUCCUAUCCCGCUCACCAACGCUCCAUUACUACCAGUCCUCGCCAUGGCACUCGCGACGAAGACACAGUCGCAAAACAUCUUUACCAAGCUCAAGGCGAAGCCUGCAAAUAAGAUAUGUUUCGACUGCGGCGCAAAGAACCCGACAUGGAGUUCUGUACCCUUCGGUAUCUACCUAUGCCUCGACUGCUCUGCGAAUCAUCGUAACAUGGGCGUGCACAUCUCGUUUGUACGAUCCACGAACCUAGACAUAUGGCAAUGGGAUCAAUUGCGGAUCAUGAAAGUUGGCGGCAACGAGAGUGCAACGAAAUACUUCCAGUCACACGGCGGCUCUGCUGCGCUCGCAAGCAAGGAUCACAAGGCCAAAUACACAAGCAAUGCGGCCACCAAGUACAAGGAAGAAUUGACAAGGCGCUGCGCUGCGGAUGCUAGGCUCUAUCCUGACGAAGUCGUAAUAACAGACGCCACCGAUGCAACCGGCAGCGACAGCAACAAUACUCCAGCCGGCGAAGACGAUGACUUCUUCUCUUCAUGGGACAAACCCACCAUCAAACGCCCCUCGAACCCACCGUCACGCACCGGCACCCCGCGCGUUGGAUCGCCAUUCCUCAAGCCAGGUGCCAACGGUAACGGGACAGAUCGCCCGAAGUCGCCGCUCGUUGGAACCUCGGAAGCUAGUACACCUGCCGCCGUUACUGCGAAGCCUGCAGUAAGAAAGACCACCGCAGGGGCUGCGCCCAAGAAAAAUAUCCUAGGAGCGAAGAAGAAGGGUCUUGGCGCGAAGAAGGUGGUCGCCGAUGGCGGACUAGACUUUGAGGAAGCAGAGCGAAAGGCUCGCGAAGAAGCAGAACGUGUUGAGAAGUUGGGAUACGAUCCCGACGCUGAAGCUGCAGAAUUCGCCGCAAGCAAAUCCAAAGCUCCCGAACCCUCCGCCAUUGUCUCGCCAACGCCAGUCUCGCCUCCACGGGGUGGCUUCGGCUCCACAUCGAAGACCGAGCGCUCAAAUCAGGACAUGGAGAGGUUAGGCAUGGGUGUCACACGUCUUGGAUUCGGACAAGUAGGGGCAGCCAAGAAGCCCGCUACACAACAGAAGAAGAUGGGAGGCUUUGGCAGCGUGAGCAAGCCGUCCGAGGACGACGGUGAGAAAUAUGCGCGAGAGAAGUUUGGCAUGCAGAAGGGCAUCUCGAGUGAUGAGUUUUUUGGUCGCAAUGCAUUCGAUCCUUCGGCUUCUGCGGAAGCCAAGUCACGGUUAUCAGGUUUCGAAGGCGCGACAUCGAUCUCUUCGAAUGCCUACUUUGGACGCCCAGAGGAUGAUGUUGCGGAAGAGGAUUACGGUGAUCUAGAAGGCGCUGCUAAGGACUUUGUUCGCAAAUUCGGCAUCACUGCUGGUGAUGAUCUGGAGAACCUCUCGAGCAUGCUUGGUGAGGGUGCGACGAAGUUACAGGGUGCUAUUCGCAACUACCUCAACUCAUAGGAUGUAUGAGACGAAUUGCAUCGAGGCGUGCCGGCGAGAGUACGCAAGUUCCGAUCCGAAUAAUCGGCUUCGACAUGGCAAAGAAACGAUCAGCAACAUGGAAACGAGAAUGAGGAUGUCUUUGCAACGUUUGGCGCUUGCUAUACCUAUAAAGGGCCAGGGGCAACAUGAUGAGUGUGGAGUAUGGAUGGACCCGAUUGCAUUUCCGACGAUAUCAAUGGGUCGAGAUCCCAUAGUUCCAUAGAUAGACAGGGCCAUGAAACAAAUUCUUUAGCUUCAAACAGCAAUAGUCUUUCGGUCUCUCUUCUUGCUGUGUAGAAUAUGUGCCUCGGAGAAGAAAUCUUAUUCCUUCAGUCAACAAUCGUCUUUAAUCUGAGCUGAUCCUUUACCUCUCCCCUCU